AUGAAGUUUGAAACUCAAGUUCCGGUCAACAAGUGGCUGAAACAUAUGGCGGAACACGUCGGUGCCUCAACUAUUGAACCAGAGGUCGAUUGGGGCAAAGAAGUCAGAAAGUUUAAAGAAAAGAACAAGUCCUCUAAAGAUUUUCUACCCGCGAACCAUAUUGAGCGCUUCUCAACAAAACAAUUUAUCAGGGACGUUCUGACGUCAGAGCGAAUGUCAGAAUCCCAGAUCACGGAAUUGGAAAGAUAUAUCAGUGGCCGGCCAGCAAAAUUGAGCUUUCUACUCCUCGUUUCAAUUAACAGAGCACCCUGGAUGGAAUCACUAGCAAACCCCAAGUACAAUUUCAGUGAUGACGAUCUUCUAACCGCUGAUAUCAUCGAUGAGUACCUUACGAUUAACCGCCAUCAGAAGGAUGUCAAGAUAUUGUUUCAUAACAGCGACGCCUCGCGCAGCAAUGAUCAAAACGACAUCCAAUUAUUCAACCUUGCUCGAUGGUCUUUUUUAGCUCCAGUUUUUACCACAACCAAAUUCUAUCAAGAAUUCAACGAGGCAGUGCCACUGCCCUUUCUGAAAGUCCCAGACUUCAAGCCAAAGAACGGAUCAUUUGGCGUUGUCCACAAAGUUGAAUUGCAUCACGCUCAUCAGUUGAACAUCGUUCCGAACAUGUCAGAACACAUUUGGUUUCUUCGUGAGAUGAAGAUCCUGGAAAAGAUCCAAGCAAUCGUUAAGGAAAGACCAGACCUUCAGCUGAUUACCCCGAUCGCUAGCUACAGGGUCAGUAACGACAGCGGAGGUUGUUUACUAUUCCCUUGGGCGGAGGGCGGGAACUUGAAGGAUUUUUGGGAUAGAGAAGAGAACAAAGCCGGCGCUUUGAAUCAGAACAGCCGGUAUCGUGGUCUGGCAAAAAUGGCCUGGGCCUUGAAGCAAAUGGAAGGACUGUGCAAGGCGUUGGUCGAAUUGCACAAACCACAUUCUCCCAAUGGCGCAUCAAUGUCUAAUGAGGAAACUCCACAUCUCCGUCAUGGAGACCUGAAACCGGAGAAUAUCCUCGUGUUCAGAGAAGGUGAUGAGGAUAUCUUGCGUAUUGCUGACCUCGGCCUCGGGAGGUUUCAUCUCAAGUCGACAGACGGACGGAAGAAAGCUAAAGAAUACACCAAGACGAUCACUGGAACAACUCGAUACAUGCCCCCGGAGUUUGAGGACAAUAAUGUCAUAUCGAGGAGGCUUGAUGUUUGGUCUCUGGGUUGUUUAUUCAUCGAAUUUGUCAUCUGGGCGGCAUGGGGCCUGGAGGCACUCGACAAGUUCAACAAUAUCCCUAACGACGCAUUUUGGCAGAAAAGAAGCAAUUCUGAUAAUGUUGUUCAUGACAACAUAUCUAACUGGAUAAACAGUAUGGAAAAGGUCCUGUUACCAAACACCGCCCUGAGGGACAUACUUGAGCUCGUCUCUGUCGGCAUGUUGAAGCAAUUGCCUCAACGACAUACCUCUCAGAAGAUUUACAACAAGUUGAAAACAAUUGUCGAGAGGUCUCAGGAGAAGGACGAUUAUUGUUUGGAUUGGAACCAGAAGGCAAACAUAUUGGGCCAUAUUCUACCGGCUGUUGAAUCGGGGUCGCAAAAUCGCGGCCAAAACUAUGCCUACACUCAGGAGAUAAAUCGGAUGAAGGACAUUUGGAUUCCCCAUACUGAUAAUGGCUUUGCUCGAAACCUGUUAAACCUUCUUGGGCCCGAUAACGAUGGAUGGAUGUCAAGAGCAUCCCUUGCUUUUGAAGUCCCAUCUCUGUCCUCCGGAUGGUUCAACGAUGAGUCCUCACAGAUUGGGGGGCCAACGCCACCUGUACCUGGAAGCAGCGAACAAUUCUUACUUUUUGAAGAGUGGAUUCGACUAUGUGACAAUACUCAUGGUCAUGGGGCGAACUCUUUAUCAACGCCGAAUUUAAAUAACGGCAAUCUCCCAACUCGUGUUGUUGAUGUUGGCAGUGUAUCCAAUCCAUUGAUUAGACUUGUGACUAGUGAGGAAAUGACCUCUGCCGUCUAUUUAGCUCUCAGUCAUCGUUGGGGUGAUGACGCUACACAGCAUUCAGGGAGGACUUUGAAGCAGAACCACAUCUUUAGAUACAAAAACAUCCCUCUAGAUGAGCUCCCCUUGAACUUCACAGAUGCAAUUACAGUUACAAGGGGGGUUGGGAUAAAGUAUCUGUGGAUCGAUUCACUUUGCAUAGUUCAGGAUGAUGACGGAGAUUGGAAACGCGAAUCUGUGAGGAUGGAACAGGUAUAUAGCAACGCCAAAUGUGUUUUGGCGGCCAGCUCUGCCAAAUCGUCGAUGGAGGGCUUUCUCAACCGACGCACUCCUGUUCCAUCAUUUGUUGCGCUACAGUCCGAGUCUGGCGAUAUCAACUAUGUUAGCAAGAAUAUUGACAACUUCAAAGGCGACGUCGACGAAGCCAUCCUGAACACUCGAGGCUGGACACUUCAGGAAAGAGCACUCGCUCAACGCACAAUUCACUUCACCAAGAAUCAAGUCUACUUCGAAUGCAGCAAGGGAGUGCAAUGUGAGAGUCUCAUCUCAUAUACGAACUCUAUCGAGGCACGUUACAAAGGAGGAAGAGUUAUGCUUGUACAGAAUUUGUACAAUCAAUACUCGAAACGAGUGUUCUGGGAUCCUCAGGACCGUCCAAUUGCCAUUUCCGGCCUCGAGAAGCGGUUGACGUCGGCAUUUAUCAGUCGUGGAGGGUAUGGAGUUUUCCAGAUAUUCUUGGAGAGGGGUCUUCUUUGGAAGAAGGCCGACGAGACUCACUCUUUGAAGCCUAUCAACUUCCCGCUUGAACGAAACGUACCAACGUGGUCGUGGAUGGCGUACGAUGGAGUCAUCUCCUACGUUGAAGUUGACUUUGACAAAGUAGACUGGACGAACGAAUAUUCGUCUCCGUUUGACUCUGACAGUGCCGCCAAAGGCCCCCGGUCCUGGGAAUCAGAAAAAUACGACAAUUGA